CCAUUUCCUCAGUUUUUAUCAAGGAAGAGAGAGAGCACUGUUGGCCGCUUGUCUGUGUAUUCUUUCAGUGCUGGGUUACCUCACACAUGCACUCUUUAGACACAGUAGGGAGAAGAAGCGCUGAAUCUAUUGUUUUCUUUCUGAGAGAGCGCUCUGCAGACCUUAAAACACAAAAAUUCCUGCAGUAGUGGAAUGCCUGUGUCUGUCCUGGAUUUCCUUUAACGUUCUAGUGUUUUCUCGCCGAAUUUCUCCAUCCUUGGUUUUUCUGGAAUGAGCUGUUUCCUGCCUGCGUCGUUUCCAUGCCAGCAUGGGAACUGUCGUGUCUAAAAGGAAGAAUUUAAGAAACGAUGCGAUAUCUUCCGUGGCAGCAAAAGUUAGAGCAGCGCGAGCAUUUGGAGAGUACCUGUCCCACACACACCCUGAGAACCGAAACGGAUCAGCCCAUCUCCUGUCUGACACGUUUGUGGGCCCAGACUCUGACUCCCCUGGUGGUGUCCGUCACCACAACAACAACCAUCCAUACCCCCACAGGGGUUCUCCAGUCCCCCCUGAGUCCAGCCUGGUGAAAUCUCCGCUGGGCCACCUCCAGCCCCCGCCCCCCUCCAUCACCACCACCAAGGCCCGUCUGUCUCUGGAGCGCAGCUUCUCGGCUGAAGAGGACCAGCAGAAGUGUGUGGAGUGUGCCCUGCAGCCUGCCCGUGUCUACACCAUCACCGGAGAGCACAGUAUGCUGGGUAGCAACCGGGGCAGCAAGGAGAGCCUGGAGCUGGAAGUGCUGAAGGGGGCGUCGACCCUGGUCCAGCCCUCCACCUCCCCCUCAUCCACCUCCUCCCCCACCCAGCACCACCUUCGCCACGGACACCGUGGCAACACUCAUCGGGAUGAUGGGAGCCAUCGUCACGGCAACCCUGUUGCCGGCGGCAGCAGUGGCAACCACCACACUCUGGCUGUUACCGGCGGGGGUGCUGCCCACCAUGGUCACCAUGGCAGCCACCACCACCUGUCCCAGCAGCCCCUGUCAAGCUCGGUCAGCGCCCACAACAUCCGCAGCUGGGGUGAGGGGGGAAAGGGGGGCUCACGGGAGGACUGCAGCCUCAACAUGGCCUUGGACUCUAGCGGGGCUCCAUCCCGUAGCCAGGGCUCCCUGGAUCUAGAGAGCUCCCGCGAGGCAGGCAAGCAACACAGACGCCUUGAGAGGAUGUGGAGUGUGGACCGGAUGACUGGGCUGGAGAGAGAGGACAACAACUGGUACCCAAAAGAAAAUAUGUUCAGCUUCCAGACUGCUUCUACCACCAUGCAGGCGAUAUCGGCUUUCCGGGGAUUUGUGCAGAGAAAGAGGAGAGAGAGGGAGCUGGAUUCGGCUGAAGUCAUCCAGAGGAACUUCCGGAAGCAUCUUAGAAUGGUGGGCAGCAGGAGAAUGAAGGCACAGACAUUUGCCGAGCGUAGAGCGAAGAGUUUCAACCGCUCCUGGAGUGACCCCACCCCUGUCAAGAAUGACUCUUCACAUGACCCCAGAGACAGUGGGGACCUGCCAGCCUCGUGUGGGACUCUGGAUGAGGGGGAGCGCGAGGACCUAGACUGGGAGGAAGAGAGGGAGAUGGAGAGACUGGCCUGUGAGGGAGAUGACUUCAUCCCACCCAAAAUUAUGCUGAUCUCCUCCAAAGUCCCCAAGGCAGAGUACAUUCCCACCAUCAUCCGCAGGGAUGACCCCUCAAUCAUCCCCAUCCUCUAUGACCAUGAACAUGCUACGUUUGAUGAUAUCCUCGAGGAGAUUGACAAGAAGCUAACAGCCUACAGGAGAGGCAGCAGAAUCUGGAGGAUGCUCAUCUUCUGUCAGGGAGGUCCAGGGCAUCUGUACCUGUUGAAGAAUAAAGUGGCCACAUUCGCCAAGGUGGAGAAAGAGGAGGACAUGAGUCAGUUCUGGAGGAGGCUAAGUCGGUUUAUGAGCAAAGUCAACCCUGAACCCAACCUCAUCCACAUUAUGGGCUGCUACGUCCUGGGAAACCCCAAUGGAGAGAAGCUGUUCCAGAAGCUAAAGAACCUGAUGAGGCCUUACUCCAUCGAAUUUGAGUCACCACUGGAGCUGUCCGCACAGGGAAAAGAGAUUAUUGAGAUGUACUUUGACUUCCGUCUCUUCCGUCUGUGGAAAACCCGCCAGCACUCCAAACUCCUGGACUACGAAGAUCUUUUGUGACGGGGCUCCAAGUGAAGUCCACCCUGUAGCAUACAUACAGUCUAUACUGGGGCAGGAGGACCCACUGAACACCACUGCUCAACUCAACCCUACUGCUCAACACAACUGUAACACCCAUCAUACCUGCUUUCAUCCAGGAGAGGACUGGGAGAGGUGGAAGAGGAGAAGAGGGAGAGGAGGAAGAGGAGGAGGAUGAAGGGUGACAUAGCAGCUUAGCAGUGUGCCUAACCCAUUAUUUAUUUCAACCCUCCUCUUCACCUCCUACACAACCACAAAGGUCAGGGGUUAAAAAGAGAGAAACCAAGCCAAAGGAAUGUUAGAAGGACAAGGAGACCUGAAGAUUGGAGAGAAGGAGUGAUGGAGCAUAAACGGAGAGACAGAGGGAUGAAGGGAUCUUCUGUGCUCUCUCUUUCUCUCCCUCUGGAAAGGCGUCUGAGGUGCUCUCUCUUUCUCUCCCUCUGGAAAGGUGUCUGAGGUGCUCUCUCUUUCUCUCCCUCUGGAAAGGUGUCUGAGGUGCUCUCUCUUUCUCUCCCUCUGGAAAGGUGUCUGAGGUGCUCUCUCUUUCUCUCCCUCUGGAAAGGUGUCUGAGGUGCUCUCUCUUUCUCUCCCUCUGGAAAGGUGUCUGAGGUGCUCUCUCUUUCUCUCCCUCUGGAAAGGUGUCUGAGGUGCUCUCUCUUUCUCUCCCUCUGGAAAGGUGUCUGAGGUGCUCUCUCUUUCUCUCCCUCUGGAAAGGUGUCUGAGGUGCUUAUAGCAAUUUUCUGGUUCUGUAGUUGUUGGUUCUUUCAGAAAAUCUGGAUUGGAGAAGCAUAAAUAAAUGUAUAUACAUCUCAUGAAUAUAGUCUAGCUCUAGUCUUGCAAAUACUCUAUAUAUGAGAAUAUGAUAUUUUUGAUGUGUAUCGUUGUGUUUCUUAUGGACUGUUUUCAAUAACUCAGGUUUUAGCCAUGAAAUAAUCUCUGUUUGUUUGAUCCCCUACUCUAUCAGAUGUUGUUAUCAUCAUUGCCAUUGCUUGGGAUGAAUGUAUAUCUCAGAGACAUUUAUAUUCUAUCUAUUUCAACUGAUUCAGCUCCAGAUCCAAAAGUGUAGGGAUGAUGUGACCACAAAUACAGCGUGUGUGUGCGUGUCCGUGUCCGUGUUCCCUCUGUGAUAUAGCCAACCUGAACCAUUCAAUUUCUCACCACAGAGUGAAGUCACUGACACACACUUCCAGCAGAUGACUUGUGAUGUCAGGUCUGGUGUCAUCGCCAACAGCUCAAGCAAAGCUCCUAUUAGUGUUACCCAGUAACAGUAAAUGAUCAGGGGACGUCUACAAGGAACAGCUGCUCUGCUUACUGUUGGAAAAGAGAAAUACAUAACUCCACACUAGUCAAAGCCAGCCUGCUUACGCACACAGCAUUAUUCCCUGCCAAGGUAUUCUCUGUCAGCGCCAAAUCAACACAACAUAACACAAAAACAUUUGUCUUCCUUUGUGUUGCUGUUCUGUCAGCCUGUGUCAUGCUCUUGAAAAAUGUACUGUUUCUGAGGGGAACUAACGGGUGAAGAGUUGAGGGGUAGAUAUCGAUGUCAUCCCUCAGAUGUAGCAAUAGAUGUGGUGGUGUGUUGGCACUUGAACAAUACUUGUACAUGGGGACCUUGACCCACCUCCGAAAGCUCUAACUGUUAGAGACCCAGACUCUGACUCAGCGCUCUGAAAGCAGUUCUAUAUGUACUCUCGUUCAGCCUUCGAUGCUAUAUCUAAAGAUGCAAACACCCAUACUGUGUAUCUCUCUGUCCACCCGCAUCUGAUCAUUUAUGUAACAUCAAUCUCUAUGACUGUACUGUUACCUUUUAAAUAUUUAAAAAAGUGUGAGUGAAAACAUAAGAGCGGAUUGAAAAGAAAUGUAUCAAAAAUAAAUUUGGAUUUGUUUUACUUAGAGUUGAAGUCGGAAGUUUACAUACACCUGAGCCAAAUACAUUUAAACUCAGUUCUUCACAAUUCCUGACAUUUAAUCCUAGUAAAAGUUCCCUGUUUUAGGUCAGUUAGAAUCAUCACUUUAUUUUAAGAAUGUGAAAUGUCAGAAUAAUAGUAGAGAGAAUGAUUUAUUUCAGCUUUAAUUUCUUUCUUUCAUCACAUUCCCAGUGGGUCAGAAGUUUACAUACACUCAAUUAGUAUUUGGUAGCAUUGCCUUUAAAUUGUUUAACUUGGGUCAAACAUUUCGGGUAGCCUUCCACAAGCUUCCCACAAUAAGUUGGGUGAAUUCUGGCCCAUUCCUCCUGACAGAGCUGGCGUAACUGAGUCAGGUCUGUAGGCCUCCUUGCUCGCACACACUUUUUCAGUUCUGCCCACAAAUGUUCUAUGGGAUUGAGGUCAGGGCUUUGUGAUGACCACUCCAAUACCUUGACUUUGUUGUCCUUAAGCCAUUUUGCCACAACUUUGGAAGUAUGCUUGGGGUCGUUGUCCAUUUGGAAGACCCAUUUCCGACCAAGCUUUAACUUCCUGACUGAUGUCUUGAGAUGUUGCUUCAAUAUAUCCACAUAAUUUUCCUGCCUCAUGAUGCCACCUAUUUUGUGAAGUGCACCAGUCCCUCCCGUGCUUCACGGUUGGGAUGGUGUUCUUCGGCUUGCAAGCCUCCCACUUUUUCCUCCAAACAUAACAAUGGUCAUUAUGGCCAAAGAAUUCAAUUUUUGUUUCAUCAGACCAGAGGACAUUUCUCCAAAAAGUACGAUCUUUGUCCCCAUGUGCAGUUGCAAACCGUAGUCUGGCUUUUUUAUGGCGGUUUUGGAGCAGUGGCUUCUUCCUUGCUGAGCGGCCUUUCAGGUUAUGUCGAUAUAGGACUCGUUUUACUGUGGAUAUAGAUACUUUUGUACCCGUUUCCUCCAGCAUCUUCACAAGCUCCUUUGUUGCUGUUCUGGGAUUGAUUUGCACUUUUCGCACCAAAGUACAUUCAUCUCUAGGAGACAGAACGCGUCUCCUUCCUGAGCGGUAUGACAGCUGCGUGGUCCCGUGGUGUUUAUACUUGUACUAUUGUUUGUACAGAUGGACAUGGUACCUUCAGGCGUUUGGAAAUUGCUCCCAAGGAUGAACCAGACUUGUGGAGGUCUACAACUUUUUUUCUGAGGUCUUGGCUGAUUUCUUUUGAUUUUCCCAUGAUGUCAAGCAAAGAGGCACUGAGUUUGAAGAUAGUCCUUGAAAUACAUCCACGGGUACACCUCCAAUUGACUCAAAUUAUGUCAAUUAGCCUAUCAGAAGCUUCUAAAGCCAUGACAUCAUUUUCUGGAAUCAUCCAAGCUGUUUAAAGGCACAGUCAAUUUAGUGUAUGUAAACUUCUGACCCACUGGAAUUGGGAUAUAGUGAAUUAUAAGUUAAAUAAUCUGUCUGUAAACAAUUGUUGGAAAAACUAAUUGUGUCAGGCACAAAGUAGAUGACCUAACCAACUUGCCAAAACUAUAGUUUGUUAACAAGAAAUUUGUGAAGUGGUUGAAAAACGAGGUUUAAUGACUCCAACCUAAGUGUUUGUAAACUUCCGACAUCAACUGUACUUAUUUGAGCUAUUUGCUUCUUGCCUAUAUCCAGGUUACUGUGAAUGCUAUGGUAUAUAGCGCACCGAUUGAGAAUCCACAGACAUGAUCUGUGGUUUGUAGCAGCUACAUGGUAGAGAUGGGAGGAAAGUAAGAAAGUUGAAAAUACCCGAAAAUGGACUUUCUCACUCUUUUUGAUACUCUCUCUUGCUAACAACAGGGCUUUAUGUGCAGCGACUCACUGUACUGUACGCUUCAUAGUUGUGGAGCACUGAGGAAGAAUAAAAACAAAACACUUGUUCAUGUCUCAUAGGAACUCGGACAGAGAAUGAUGCUGUUUUUAAUGUCUGCCUAUAGGCCCUGCUCAAAAGUAGUGCACUAUAAAGGGAAUAGGGUGCAUUUGGGACAAAGCCUAGGAGAUCUUCUCUUUAGCCACGUCUUUCCUCCUCUCCUCUUCUGCAUCCUCCCAUCACUCCUCUCUUGGCUGCCCACUGAGAGAUGGCUGGUGGCUGGCUCAGCUGGAAGAUGAUUGGCUUUGUUAGAGGAUGAUUGAUCGAUGACACACUGAAUAGGCAUAUAGCCCGCCCACUUGGUGGAUUGUGGCCGCGUUCCUGGCUGACUACAUUGAAGACUCAUGUAUUUCAGAUUUCACAACGCCUGGAUAGGUGUUUAACAUAUCAUCAAACCAAAUCAUAUAAUACAGAAAUCUGAUGCUUGACUGUGCAGUCGAUGACCUGGCACACAACCAUUGGUUGAUGCAAUGCGAUGUCUGAAGUUCCAUUUUUAACCGGUGAAUGCCCCAUGAUUGAUAUUUAGUGCCAUUAAGAAAUCCACAAGCUUUUGUAUGUCUGUUUUAUUCUAUAGCAAGUAGUCUACACUGAAUUAUAAUCUAUGAAUAAUUUAAGACAUGAGGGGAGUGUGAAACAAUGUGAUCAUUUAUUUUGGAGUGCUCUGAUUCUCAAUGUGUUUUUAGAUCAAUAUAGAUAACAAUAAAAUACACACUGUAUAUCUCUACUGGUGAUAAUUAUCAUUUGAAAUGACCAACCUCGAAAGCAAAUCAGUGUUGUGAGCAUUUCAUUGUAUUUUACCAUCAUGUUAUUGAGAGGGAUAAAAUCUGUGUUAAGGGCAUCUAUUAAAUCUACUGAGAGAAACUAUGUACACAAUUGGCACACAAUCGCAUGCAUAAUGGUUUUUGAAACAUAUUUUCCAGUAAAAUAGUCUGUGGAAAUGGA